AUGGCCACCGCAGACACUCCUUCUUCUGCUCCAAAUGCACCCAAUGCAUUCCGUUUCCUUUCGGGUGCUUCGUCACUCGUCUUGCUCCAAGUUUUGACCCGAGUCGCGACCUUUGUCCUGAACCAGGCCCUUGUGCGCUUUUCGACACCUCAGGUGUUUGGGACCGCGUCAAUCCAAUUCGAACUUUUACUUUCUUCCAUCCUCUUCAUCUCCAGAGAGGGCGUGCGGUUAGCGCUCCUCCGUUCAACAGACAAGAAGGAUGAAACGACGCCCGAGACGAAUGAAAUAACCUCUUCUCCUAAAAUAGAUUCUACACCUUCCAAGUUGCACAAACGUAAAGGUGGCAAGGCGGACACAUCACCACAAGCGGAUCAACUAUCGACGCAUAAAGCUUCUGCAGACGUCCUCAGCUCGAAUAUAGCAACCUUACCCGUUCUUUUUGGCCUCUGUUUGUCAUUGGUCCUCCCAAUGGCAUACAUCUGGACGGCGUCACCAGAAUCAAGUGCUCAACCGCAUUUUCGACUCUCCAUCCUCAUAUAUACAGCAUCGGCAAUGUUGCAAUUGGCUGCAGAACCGAUGUAUAUUCUCGCACAGCAGGAGCUGAACUUUACCGCUCGUGUUCGCAGCGAAGCAGCCGGCGUCGUCUCCCGUGCCGCUAUUACUGUAGGUAUUCUCGUCGUGGCAGAGCGACUUCAUCCUGCUGGUGAAAAGACACCUGGUGGCGGAAAUGAAUGGGGUCUCUUGGCCUUUUCUCUCGGCCAACUCAGUUAUGGGUUCUUUGUCUUUGUCAUUUACUUGUGGACGUACAUGAAGCGAUCAUCGGAAUGGCGCUGGUGGCCCAAAUCAAUUACCAUGAUCGACAAGGGGCACGCUAAGAGGAUGCUCUUUGAUCCGGUGCUUCUUCGUUUGGCUUUUUCAAUGACCCUGCAGUCCUUUAUCAAACAUCUUCUAACGGAGGGGGAUAAAUUUGCUGUUUCACGGAUCAGCAAACUCGCAGAUCAGGGAGGUUACGCGGUCGCCUCUAACUACGGUUCUCUGGUGGCUCGUCUCCUCUUUCAACCUGUGGAGGAGAUUACAAGGGUCUUCUUCUCUAAGACGCUUGCCGUUUGCACCAUCGAAGAAGACCAAGAUAAUACGAAGAAGGCGAAACCCGUCGCUGUUCAGUCGGAAAAAGCGAGCGACAAGGAACCAGAAAUAAAAAACCCACUCACAUCAGAGCAGCAGAUGGCUCUACGACAGUCAUCGGCAACACUUCACUCACUCCUUCGCGUUCAAAUUCACGUGCUCCUUAUUCUCGUGGUAUUCCUUCCACCAUAUCUUCCAACUCUUCUUGCACACUUUCUUCCCAAGAAGUACCUUGCCACGUCCGCUCCAUCAAUUUUACAAGCCUAUGCAUACUACCUUCCAAUGAUGUCCAUCAACGGCAUCGUGGAAGCGUUUGCCUUCAGCGUCAUGUCGGCCAACGACGUGAAGAGGCAAGCGCGCUGGCUGUUCGUUACCAGUAUAUCCUUCGGCUUAUUCGUUUGGCUAUUCUGCGAAAAGCUAGGACAAGGGGAUGCCGGAUUAGUCGCGGCAAAUACCCUCAGUCUAGGCAUGCGUGCUGGCUGGGCGCUUUGGUUCGCGGAUCAGUGGUUCAAUCGCAUAUGGAAUCGCGGCGUCAAGCCAUCCAAGACAGAAGGUGAUAAGAAUGCGAAGGGAGUGGUACCCACCGACUCUGCGAUAGCCCAGGCCCCGAAGGGUAUCUCGAUUGGAGAGAUACUUCCACCUUGGACUGUUCUUCUCGUGUUCAUGAUCUCGCGUGAGGUCAUCCGACAAUCCCAAGAUCGCCACGACCUCCACUCCAAUCUGUUCCUUCAAGACGCUAAAAACUGGGACUCUCUUAAGAAGCAGGUCAUGCAUGUUGCCGUCGGCGGAGUAGGCAUUCAGGUCACAAAGAUCACAAAUCCUCAGGCUCUUUUCUGCCAUGCGGCGUAA